AUGCUUGGCUUUCAGCCAUCUGCGCCGCCACCGCCGCCGGGCGGCCCGGAGUGGGCGCACCCGCAGGGCGACGGCUCGCACGCGCCGCCGCCGCCGGAGCGCGAGGAAUCGCGCGGUCGCGACGAGCGCGGCCGCGACCGGGAGGACCGGGAGCGCGACAGAUACGACCGCCGCUACGACGAGAGGGGCACGGACCGCCGGGACAGAGACCGGGACCGCGAUCGGGACCGCGACCGGGACCGGGACCGGGACCGCGACCGCGACCGAGAUGGGAACAGGGACCGAGAUCGUGAUCGUGAUCGGGACCGAGAUCGGGAGCGGGACCGGGACCGAGACCGAGACCGGGACCGGGACCGGGACCGCGACCGGGACCGUGAGCGGGACGACAGGUACUACGAGCGUCGUAACCGGUACGACAGCGUGGAGAGCCGGCGGGAGGACGACUACGGCCGCGAUUACGACCGUCACACGCGCCGGCGCGAGGACCGCUACUCGCGCGACGAGUACGAGGACAGCAGGCGACGGCGGGAGCUGGACACGCGCCGGGAGCGGCGCCGCGACCGGGACGAGCCGUACGAGCCGGAGCGCUCGCGGCCGAGCAGCCGAGCCGGCUCGGAGCGCGACUUCGAGCCGCGCCCGCCCUCGCGCUCGCACUCGCACUACUCGCACCGCGACAGCUACGGCCACGGCUACUACGGCGGCCGGGAGCGCGGCGCGUCGCGCGCCGCCGACCCGGCCCUCUACGGACACGCGGCGGCUGGGUACGCGGCCGGCCAGCGCGCCGCCUACGACCCGCGCACGCUCUACAGCUACUUCGUGCACCUGGAGCGGCUGCGCGCCACCAACCCGCAGCUGUUCACGCAGCAGAUGAGCGCAUACAGGACCAACAACCCGCCGUUCUACCGGGACCUGUGCGCGCGCCACUACCGCAGUCUGCUGCAGGGGGCGGGCGGCGCGCCGGCCGCCGCCGCCUCGUACGCCGGCUACCCGGCCAGCGAGGAGCGCACCAGCGUGCACAGCGGGCGCAGCUCGGUGAACGGCGACGACACCAAGGACAACUUCGCCGCCGACUUCCACCAGCAGCGGCCCGGCUCGGCGCUGGCCUACGAGCCCAGCGCCAUCCUGGCCAGCGAGUCCUACCUGGCCGGAGACGUCUCCGCCCGGCUCAGGCGGUUCGAGGAGACGCCGGUGGAGACCAAGCCGGAGCGGAUGACACCGGCCAAGUUCGCCUACCCGCACGUGGUCGUGCGCUUCUCGGCGUCCGGCCAUCUGGUGCGCGUGCUGCCGCACAGUCCGGCCGACGGCAGCGCCGCCCUGGUGGAGCUACACGACACCGGCGCCCUGCUGCAGGCCACGCCCGAGGCCGCCGAGCUGCGUCGCUUCCCCGGACCGCUCGUCAAGAACGACACGCACAAGAACAGCGUGCUGCAGUUCUGUCAGCAGAAGAUGCGGGAGGCCGAGCAGCAGCCGGCGCUGGUCGACAAGGAGUCGUGUCUGCUGAUCUGGCAGCUGCUGCUGCUGCUCAUCCGCCAGAACGGGAUGGUGGUGGGCUCGGACAUGGCCGAGCUGCUGCUGCGGGAC